GGUGUUUAUGAUGAAAUGAAGUAAAAAUACUAACAGAAAAACGUGCUGGAGCCGUGUCUAGAAUACAUUUUUGUAUCUUUACGUAAAGGUAUAUUUAGAAAAGUUAAUUUUUUGUUCAAAUUACUGACUGAUCUUUUGUUUUUGCGGCGGUAAACCCAGCAGGACCCCCGCGGACCUGUGGACUGGUACAGCCCGGAACUYGAGCUGUUUUGCGGGAAUUUGUUUGAGUUGCAGCGGAUAAAAGAGUUUUUAUUUGUUGCUGUUUGGAUYCAUUCAGGCUAAUGAGUGCUAAAARGAGCAAAAGGACCAAAGCAGUGGUCCCAGUUCCACAGAAGGAGCAGAACCAGAUGGGUUCUGACCUGUCAGGAUCUGUAAACAGAACCAGCUUCAUGGAGGGACUGCAGCAGAACUGUGGUAACCCGCUCCACAGCACUGCCCUGGACGAAGAUUUAGACGUCCCAGUGGACAAGAAGAACGCAGGCAGUAUGGCUGUUCCUAAAACACAGAAGACUGCAGGCCAACAGCUGAAAGCAGCAGAGAGGAGGACAGGAACRGAGGAGGAGGAGGAGCCGAUCAGCAGGAGGAGCAGUAAAAGAGUGAGGGACAGAUGCAGGAGCGCAGAGAGGAGGACGGCUGGAGAAAGAGACAAGAAGUCCGGACGGAGCUGUGGUCCUCAGAAGAACAGCCAGCCUGCUCCCACCACCAGCCGGCGUUUGGCUGGAGGAACACUCAGCAGGAGGGGGAGGAGCAGCAGACAGGUGACUGCAGCCAGUGGACUUCUGAAGGACAAGAAGACAGAAACUGAGUCAGCAGAGUCGGAGAAGGAGACAGACUCUGGUGCAGUCCAGCAGAGACGUAGGAAGGUCCUGUCCUCUGAUGAGGGGACAGACGAAGACACCAGCUGGAACCCGAGUUCAGAGAAGGUGAAGAAGCUGAGCUUUGGUCCAGCAGCUCAGAACAGAAAGUCACUGAGUAAAGAGUCCAAGUCUAAAAAGUCUCCAUCAGUCAAAAGAAAUGAUACAGACGAUGAAGACGUGUCGUCAGGAACAGAUGAAACCUCCAGCAGUGACAGACGGAGGAGGAAGAGGCCUGUGGGUCGGGGAGGAUCCCACUUUGACGUGAUUCUGGAUGCCUUCCUGGACUUCUGUGACCAGUACAGAGAGUCUGUGGAGUCUGCAGCUGUCAAUCAAUCUGUCAGACGUUUCUCCAGAAACGUCCAAGAGCAGCUCCUGGAAAAGAUCUCUUCAUUAAAGGAGCUGCAGACUCUAAAGAGARAGAACACAAAGGGCAGAGAGGCAGGUGUGGCUGCUGCAGAAGGAGGAAGCUGAACUCCAGCAGAGACUUGCUGACAUAAAACAAGGCCAGUCCUUCCUCCACAGCAUCAGAGAGCUCAGCAGACAMUACCUGGGCCACAGACGCAAACACCGCACUCAGAAAGAGACGUACGGAGCAUCCAGUUUACCUGCUUUGUUGAUGGAAACGAAACUUCUGCAGACAGCAGCUGUGAGGAAACAACUGACUCAAAAGCAGAGCAGAGACAAAGGGACUCGAAAAUAAGGUGUUAACACCUCAAACAGCUCAACAACCUAACUAGCUAACAGAUUCAUCUUUCUACUUUCAAUAAAUGUGUAUACCAACAGUA